UUGGGCAGAUCGGCUAGGUGGGAAUUCAACGGUGUUACCCAACUUUCACCCUAUAUCUUAUCAUUUAGCUUUUUAAAAUCGCAACAAUGCCUAAAAAGAGACCAGCCGGGGAUAAAACAAACCAGGACGACGAGGCUUCGAAAACUAUAGAACCAACUCAACCCGAAGCACUGACUGUGCAAACAUUCGAGGAAUAUCAGUGCUCAGGAAAUGUGGAGGUAGACUUUUCUGCGCUUUGUACUCUUCUGGGAAUGAAGGAUGUCCCAGCUGUUUGCCUCAAGCCUCCAUCUUCAUACAAAACUGAUCCUGAGGGAGGAGACACAGAAGAUGACCAGUCACAGCUGAAUCCCACACCUCUUUGCUCUAAGCCAUGUUUAAUAGUCGAGCUGGAAAAUGAAGACCCCCACAGUGCCAAAAUGAUGAAGGUUUCUGGAUGGAAGGUGAAUGAGCAGAUUUUACGAGCAUUUCAGAUGAUGCUUCCCUCCAUGAGCCAGUUACUGAGCCUUCAGUUUUGGCGGGCAGGACUAACAGAUCCAAUGGUAAUCUCCCUUGUGAACACAAUAUCUCUCUGCUCCAGCCUCAGAACUGUUACACUGGAAGGUAAUACUCUUCCUAAGCAGAGCUUCCACCUUCUUCUCUCUGAAGAAAGCCUCCUCACCCACUUGUCCCUACGUAAUAAUCGGAUUGGAGAUGAAGGUGCUCGCCUGAUUGGUUCGGCUCUCUCAACCACUAGGUCUGCCAACAAGAACCUAUUGUCACUCAACCUGGCAUUUAACUCCAUUGGGGAUCAAGGGGCAACACAUAUCGCACAGGGCCUCCGGCUGAAUCGUACUUUGAUCUUUCUCUCAUUGGCCAACAAUCAAAUUGGAGACUCAGGAGCUGCUCAUCUGGCCACAGUAUCCAUUUACAUCUGACAGAUAAUGCAUUUAAAUUUGUGGUUAAGAUGCUCUAAAUCAUAUUGUACUUAUUACAUUAUGUAACAGGUAAUUUGAUAAGACUCCACUGCUUGCAUUUCCACUUUUAGAUACUUGGUGAGUUUGCUCUAACUCAUGAGGAAGCCACAGAGAGGCGGAGGCUGAUCCUGCAAAGAGUGCAGACUUCCUGUCAUAAUGCUGAUCCUGAGCAGCUAUGUGCAGACCAGCUCUCUUCAGUAGCCAGCAAUAACAGCAAACAAGAGAGCAAAAGGUCCUCCAGGAAAAAGGAAGCACCCAAAAAGGAUGAGAAACAAAGUGACAACAAAGAAAAGUUGAACAAGAAAUCGACUCAGAGUAAAGGUGGGAAGCCAGGGACCAAAGAGAAACAAUGUUCUUCACAAGAGCUGGCAGAUUCAAUGGAGAUAGUGAACCCCCUGCUGGACCCGUCUGUGCAUCACAGGGAUGGACAGCUCUUCUUUCCAGGAAACACGGCACUUGCCUCCCUGAACCUAGCAGGAAACAGAAUCACGGAGAAGCCGCUGCCUCUGUUCCUGAAGCAACUGGAUAUUCACGAUGAGGGUGGAGGUCUGCUGCACCUUUGUCUACAGAGAAACCUAUUCUCCCCAGAGUGCGAGUGUUACAGAAAGAUAAAGGAGCUGCUGGCACUCAUGGAUCCUAACAUCAAAAACUGCUCUGAACAGGCAGAAGAGGAGGCACAGAUGGUGUAGUGCUGGAUGAACACACAUCUACCUCCGUGGACUUAUGGUGUUAUAUAAAAAAGCUUUUCUUUUCUUACAGUUGUUGUUGUUUUACUUUGAGUGAAUGAAAU